GGCUGCACUGACCUCAGCUCGCUUAGUCCCAAGAAACUACAACAAAGGAGAAGAGAGACACCCCCCCCCCCACCUUAGCCAAGAAACCACUGCCCCCAAACCCAGAAACAGAAAGAGGAAAAAGAAACAGAGCUUGGAGGCUGCAGAGGUGGUGGGGUCUGCCUGGAGGUAGUGAGCCUUCGCCCCUGCGUGGGGGCCAGGGCAGCAGCAGGAGCCGGGACAGGCUUGGGGGGCUUUCAUUGGAGAAGGCAAGGAAGGAAGGACGCCCGCCGGAGCUUCGGAGCUUUCUUUCGGGCUCGGACGCCGCCAGUCACCAUGGGAUGCUGCACCGGGCGCUGCACUCUCAUCUUCCUCUGUACUCUGCAGCUGCUCUCAGCAUUAGAGAGGCAGAUCUUUGACUUCCUUGGCUUCCAGUGGGCACCAAUUCUUGGAAAUUUUCUACACAUAAUAGUUGUCAUCUUGGGCUUGUUUGGAACCAUUCAGUUUAGACCUCGAUAUAUAGUGGUGUACACGGUGUGGACUGCCCUCUGGGUCACCUGGAAUGUUUUCAUUAUCUGCUUUUAUUUAGAAGUAGGCGGGCUGUCUAAGGAUACCGACCUAAUGACAUUUAACAUCUCAGUGCACCGGUCUUGGUGGCGAGAACAUGGACCAGGCUGUGUACGGAGAGUGCUACCACCUUCAGCUCAUGGAAUGAUGGAUGACUACACUUAUGUCUCGGUGACGGGCUGUGUGAUUGACUUUCAGUACCUGGAGGUCAUCCACAGUGCCAUCCAAAUACUGCUUUCUUUGAUUGGCUUUGUGUAUGCCUGUUACGUGAUCAGUGUUUUCAUGGAGGAAGAGGACAGCUUUGACUUCAUAGGUGGACUUGACACACAUUCCUACCAUCAGUCCCCCCAGGAUCAUGUUGAAUUAAAGCCUGUUAAACCUGUCGAAAUAAAUAAUGAACACUGACUCCAUUCUGCGGCUGUGGAAGUCGAUCUUGAAAGGAAAGCCCCACCUAGUUGAAAGUGCUUCUGAGGAUACAGCACAUCUGGAAUUCUUGAUGGGGGCUGGACUGUUCCUCUCUGUUUUACUACUUGUCACUGAAUCCAUCAGUCACAGCAUUUGUAUUAUUAGCAUUGUCACUAGACAAAUUGUAGGUGCUUAGGAAAUCCUGAUCUGUAAU